AUGAAUUUUGAUCAUGACGGUAUUGAAGAUUAUGAGGAGACGGUGGAAGCCCUCAUCUCUGUUCUUAAGAGAUAUAAGAGGGAUAUUGGUUGGACGAUUGCAGAUAUCGCCGGUAUCCCUCCUAGUAUAUGUACAAAUAAGAUUCAGCUAGAGGAGUAUUAUGUUCCGACUACUAAGCAUCAACGUCGUCUAAACCCACCUAUGCAAGAGGUGGUAAAUAAAGAAAUCAUCAAGUAUCUAGAUGCAGGAGUAGUAUACCCCAUCUCAGAUAGUAAGUGGGCAUCUGAAUGCCUUAAAGGGAAGAUAGUUGAUGCUCCUAUUGUUUUUGCACCGGAUUGGUCAAAACCGUUUGAGAUCAUAUGCAAUGCAAGUGGUGUUGCCAUUGAAGCUGUGUUAGGACAAAAGAAGGACAAAUUGUUUCAUCCAAUCUAUGAUACCAGCAAAGCACUUAAUGGAGCUCAAAAGAACUACACCAUCACAGAACAGGAACUUCUUGCAGUAGUCUAUGCUUUUGAGAAGUUUUGA